GGUGGGUACAAAAGCCCCGCCUGACAGCUCGGGAGCUGGCCAUGAUGAGUCUCACCAAUUUCUUGACCGAUAUACCUGACUGGCACAUAGGUAGUUUCAAUGACAAAGAUAUCGCAAUCUGGCACGAAAUGGCUAUGAAAAAUCAACUGAUAAGCGAGAAAGCUUGGGAGUGGUGUUUGGCUGAGUUGAGAGACAAGGCAAGGUUGUUCAGAACUACAAAUCGUGUUCCUGCUUUGGAUGCUGGAGCUUGUGUUUCCAAAUCAGAUAUUAAUGUACCUCAACCGCUCAAGAGAGAGCUGUGCACGGCUAUUGGGGAAUUGCGCGCCCAAUUUGACAACAAUGAUUGGCAGAUUUGUCGUUGGGAUCAACAAGUUGUUAAUCUUACAGACCCAUCAUUGUAUCCGCUCGUUUACGGAAAGACGAAAGUUUUGCUGGACGGAGGAAAAGUUGGUCUGAAUGGCUUUUCCAAGUCAUAUGGACAAGGUAUCACUACAGAAAUUCCGCGGGUCCACCCAAAGGGGAGCAAUGUGGCAAGGGCCGCAUACGGGUUGGAAAAAUACGGCGUCCCCUUCUAUUUGGAUGAAAAUCUCUACCGCUGGUCAACAAACUAUCAAUGGUUACCAUGCGAGGUAAAGUUUGACGGAAAUUCUGCUACCUCCGUGCGUAUCACUUCCUACAUCAACAAUCUACAUCCUGUCAAGAACAAAGCAAUAUACGGCAUGAUCGAACAGCUUAUACAACUGGUUAUAGAACCUUGGAAUGAUUGUUUGUUGAAAGGCGAGCACGGGCGUGUUCCCAUCCGAAUUAGAACAUACGGCGCAGCAGAUCAAGAGGAAGGACUAGGUAAAUCUUUAGUACCAACCGAAAGUUCGGAUGAUGACGACCACAAACAUCCUGAACCAGGAACUGCAUUCACAUAUGAAGAAUGGAAAGAAGGGAAGAAUGGCAAGUCUAUUGUCGAUCAAGCUGUAUGGAAAGGUAUUCCAGCGCAUGCAUAGCGUUCAGAAGGAGUGCAUGAGUGUAUUGACACAGACCACGAAUUCUACAGCAUUUCUCUAUAAGAGAGUUUUCGGGAAAAAGGACUGCAAGUUUUUGUGCAAAUUGGGAGCAUCGAAUUAGGUAAAUCGGAUCAUCCAUUUUCUGGAAAUGAUUGGGAUAUUGAUGGAACGCGGAGUGAGCACAUUGCUGCUACAUCUAUAUGUUUCUACGAUGUGCAGAAUAUAGUGAACAUGCAAAUUUCUUUUCGACAGAAAACUUAUGUGAGUGAGUCAGCAUACAAUCCUUUGAACGAUGAUCUUUUUGCGAGAACUUUCGGUAUUGAGAAAGGUGGGCAUUAUGAUGAUGAUGGAUUUCAUUCUGCUCCUGCGACUCAAGAAUUGGGCUCCAUAGCUGUGAAGGAGGAACGGCUACUAAGUUGGUCCAAUGCGUUACAAUGUAAAGUCGAACUUUACGAGAAGCAUUCUUGCAGAACCGGGACAUGCGAGAUUCAUUAAACUUAUGUUGGUAGAUCAACAUUAUCGAAUUUGUUCGACCCAGAAUGUGCCACCGCAAAGACAUGAUUGGUGGGCUAAUGAUGUCUUUGGAAAAGAAAAUUUAGGAAGAAAAUUGCCAAGGGAGCUAUUGAACUUGGUUGAUAAAGCUGUGGAUGGAUGGCCGAUAGGAAGGGAUGAGGCGGAGAAGGAUCGGGAAAAUUUACUUGAAGAACAUCGCUGGGCGAAGGAAGCUGAGGUUCGUUUGGCAGGUGUUUGGUAUGGGUGGUGUAAUUGUGCUUGCCAUACGUCGGGCUAUUGUCGAGAUCAUUGAGUAGCAUAACUAUGUGUUUAGGUAUAGUUGAGAUGGAUAUUGACCGCAAAGCGACAUCCUAUUUUCUGUUGCAUUCCGGGUCCAUUGUAGAGAAUUAUAUUGGGAGCA